AUGGAGAAGUUGAAAUUAGGCAAAGACUUCAGAGUUAGAACACUUCCUAGGAAUGCUUUUCUCCCUAUGCUCGAGAGCCUCAUUCUGAACUCAGUUAGAUAUGAUACUCCUCCGUGUCAGAUUUGUGUGUUCCAAAAAUUUUUGGCUGCUUGUCCUGCCUUGUUUUCACUAGAGCUUGCUGGUGUCACAUGGGAUAUGUGGAGGUGGGGAGGAGUGAUUUCUAGUCCUAGUCUUACAGUCCUUUGGAUUGUUAAGGACAUUUAUAUUCCGCUGGUUGACUUUACAACCUUGAGUUUUGAGACACCAAUGCUCGAGCUUCUCUACUACCGUGAUUUUGUACCACAAACCUAUGGUGUUGUGAACUUUGAUUACUUGCAUACAGCUCAAUUGUCUCUGCAUUUGAGGGAGAACCAAGCCUUUGAUGCAACCAGGUUUAUUGAAGCGCUGGGUAAUGUGAAAACAUUGAACCUAUGGUCUGCAGACACUCUAAGGGUAAGAGAAAGCUAG